CCAUCCAUCUCUCUCUCUCUCGGUAUCUCGGUGACAGUUCAGUGGGCUCUUUAAGAGGAGAGCCGCUCUGCGUCUGCUGAUCUGUCAGCAGGCGCGGUGCCGCCCUCCCCGCGCGCACUCUGCUGCUGCUGCACCUCCGGGAACUGACGAACACCCGGCCGGUGCACGGAGGACCUCACCGGAGCAGUCUGCGGAUCAUACGUGGAUACGAUAUUCGAUCGUCAUGGAUAAUCGAUAAUUGGAGCUAAAAUGCGCCGAGCCCACCGUGCCUGUCAUCCCGGGCUAUGCAGGUGUAAAGGGUAACCAGACUGAGAGCUGACUGGGGAGGGACGCACGGCCCCACAUUUACAUGUUUGAUGUUGAGCCAUGAACGCUUUGGGGUGGACUUCUUCUGGCACGCGCCUUUAGUUGUAGUCAUCGUGUUCGCCCUGUUUGGCCCGCCCGGUUCAGCAGGUUUGGCGGGUGGGAGGAAGAAUAUUCAUAAAGCAGCAGCAGUUUGAUCAAUAUGUCCUCCGUGGUGGGGUCCGGAGUGGGGGAGCUGAGUCUGGGAGAGCUGCCCAUGGAGAGCUGGAUGUCUCACCUGCCCUGCGCGCUGUGGGACACCCCCCUGUACCAGCUGGCCAUCCCGGGCAGCCACAACGCAAUAACCUACUGUCUGGAUAUGAAUGACCGGUCCCCUGUGGACCUCACCCAGCCAGACAUGCUUCAAAAGCUGGACAAAUACAUGAAGCCUCUCAUCCGCCCCUUUGUUUACAAGUGGGCGAUAACCCAGGAGUACACCAUAAAGCAGCAGCUGGACUGUGGGGUCCGAUACUGUGACCUGAGAAUUGCACACAGGCCCAACGACAGCUCCACGGAUCUGUACUUCUACCACGGCGUCUACACCACGCUCACUGUGGAGACUGUUCUAAUGGAGAUACGAGAGUGGCUGGACGCUCAUCCCAAAGAGUUGGUCAUCCUCUCCUUCAGCCACUUCCUCGGCCUGAGCCAGGAGCUCCACAUGCUGCUGCUCACCACCAUACGCAACGUAUUCACCUCCAAACUCUGUCCCAAAACGGAAGUGUUAACUCUUCGAAACCUGUGGGCUUUAGGCUACCAAGUGAUGGUGUCCUAUGAACACAGUAUGGCCAGCUACCACGGCGACCUGUGGCCACAUAUUCCCUACUGGUGGGCCAAUAAAUGCAAAGCUGAGGCUCUUAUUGAAGACUUUGAACACCGUAAACAACAUGGCAGACCAGGAGGUUUUUUCGUCACGGGAAUGAAUCUGACCGAGGACCUGAAAUACAUCUGCACGCACCCGACAGAGUCCCUGAAGGACUUGGUGAUGUCCACGUAUCCCACACUGCUCAGCUGGGUUAAGGAGCAGACUCCCGGCUCCAGAGUCGGCUCUCUCAACAUCAUUGCUGGGGACUUUAUCGCAGAGAGCCAGUUUGUUCCCACUGUCGUUAAACUGAAUGAGAAACUACUAAAAUGGUCCUCAUGACUUCUCACCAAUUUGAAUUGUUCUACAA